AUGACAGCUGUCUCAGCAAAAAUCAUCGCCAACAACAACGACACUCGCUCCACCUUGAAAGUGACCUUCACUACAGCUGCCGCAGCGGACCAGGCCACCACCUGGUGGCCUGCUGGACGGGCUUCCGCAACUGCUCGUGCUCAGUCACCAUUCAACAUGCAAGCCGCCAUUUUCCCGGAGCUCCCGGGAGAAGGAGUAGCCGCCCACCAACGUACCAACCAAUGGGGACCCGGCAUGCAGUCCGGCAGCCAACCAGCUAACCAAUCACAGACCCAGCCUCCACCUCCACCACCAGGCUCCUCCCAUUCGUCGACUCAGACUUCGCCACGGCAGUUGCCGGUUACUGUCACCGACCUUAGCACUGCACAUGAAACCUGCUAUCACGAAACUAUUGCUGCUGACCCUACACCAGACCCAGUAGAGGCUAUUAGUCUCUCCACACAAGACAACGACCCUCCUGCUCCUGUUUAUGCGUCUUACAAUUGCCCUAGAGACCUGAAAUUUAAUAUUUCUCAGAAACGUGUCGCAGCUCGGGAGUGGAACAUCGACUACGAAAACGGACUGAACGAUGACGGAACCCGCAGAGAGUUUUGGUACGUUGAUGCUGACACAAAAGAAAUUCAAGAACGAACGGGCAAUGAACCUUCAACCCAGCAGAGUCACCCAGCACCUCUUCAUACCAAACCCGACCCUUCAAACCCAUUGUCGGAUGAUGCUCCAGCUCCUGGUCCGGCCUCGGACAUUGCUGUGAACGAUACUGAACCUACUGCAGCUGCAACAUCUGCUCCUGACAUGGUAGCAACCCAGAAGCCGACGACUUCUCAUCCACCAUCUCCUGUUACAUCUCCACCCACAGUACAUACAUCCACUGAACCUUCUACAUCUGCAAUAAGUCCUACUGCUGCUACUAAACCAUCAGGAACAUUACAUCCAAGACCCACAUCUCCUGGUAUGUACUCAUCUGACUCAUCAGAUGAGGAUGUCUCUGUGGGAACGACAUCUCCACCUUCACAGAAAUACAACUAUUCAUCUGCCGAUUUUCUUUAUGACUCUAUUGAUCCCACAGCAAUGUCAACACGAAGUCGGACCGCCAAGAAAGACAAGCCGAAAACAAAGACCAAAGAUCAGAGCUUGCUCCCACCAUCAAGAAAGAAGUAA